AUGCUAUAUGAACGAUUGCUUAAAAGCGAAGGUAAAGGGGGAGUACCCAAGAAGAAUUUUCUAUACUUGAAACAAGAGAAGUUAAUAUGCAACCAGCAAACUCCCUUACAUAUAUAUAAUGCAACAAAGUUUUCGAAGAAGUCAAUGAAUCAUAGAUUGUUCUAUAUAAAUUGGGUUUUCGUCUUUUUAUUUCUAGACAUGUGUAAUAGUCAUUUAGAUAUAUGA